CAUUAGCAUCAGACACCAGACUGACUGACACGGUGGACCCAGUUUUUGCGUUUUAACGGAAGAGCCCGGGAUGAGGCAUCUCCAUGUUUCUAAGCGCGUGUGCUCUUUUUGCCUCUCGAACAGUUUAUUUCAUUAUUUUCUAGCCUAGACGGACGCGUUUCUUUUUGGUGAGCUUUUCGGCUGUGAAAUCAAGUUUCAGAGAAUAAAACAGGAACUCCUCGUAGCCAGGAUAACGACAGCCUGUAAGUCAACAUUGCCUUCCCCCCCUUUAAAAAAAAAUCCGGCUUCCGUGGUCCCCUCGCGCUCAGACCACAACAACAGCGAUGCCAGAGACAACGCAAGAGACGUGCGCUUCGGCCAAGGACUCUCCUUUCUUCAUUAAGAACCUGCUGAACUGUGAUAACAAACCGUCCAAGCCCAAGCCCGUACUGGCGGCCACCAAGGCAGCUUUAGAGGGAGGAUUUUCCCUUUCCCAGGUUGGUGACUUCAACUUUCCACGCUUCGAACUGCCCGCACAGAGAUUCAGUCUACCCGCUCACUACUUGGAGCGCACCUCAGCGUGGUGGUACCCUUACACCCUCAACUCAGCCGCCCACCUACACAGAACUGAAGUCAACGAGAAACCAGGAGCCAGAGACUCCUCUCCAACUUCGGGCACGGACAGAGACUCGCCGGACCUGGCGCUCAAAUCCGAGCCAGACACCAAAGAUGACGACGAGGACGACGAGCACAACAACAACAAAAGCAGUGACGAGAUAAUCCUGGAGGAAAGCGACACGGAAGAGGCCAAAAAAGAUGAGCUGGAGGAGUGGAAGAAAAGGGACGAUGACAAGAAGCCGUGCCGCAAGAAGAAGACGCGCACGGUGUUCUCACGGAGCCAGGUGUUUCAGCUGGAGUCCACCUUCGACAUGAAGCGAUACCUGAGCAGCUCGGAGCGGGCCAGCCUGGCCGCUUCCCUUCACCUGACGGAGACUCAAGUGAAGAUCUGGUUUCAGAACAGGAGGAACAAGUGGAAAAGGCAGCUGGCCGCGGAGCUAGAGGCUGCCAACCUGAGCCACGCUGCGGCGCAGAGGAUAGUCCGGGUGCCCAUCCUCUACCACGAGAACUCGGCCUCGGAGAGCGGAGGGGCCACUGCCAACGUGCCCGUGAGCCAACCGCUCCUCACUUUCCCGCACCCCGGCGUCUACUACUCCCAUCCCAUCGUCACAUCUGUGCCGCUGCUCAGACCAGUUUGAAAAUAGUUGAGUUUUUAGGCACAACUUGGUGUCUGUUUCCUAUAUCAACUCAUUAAAAAAGAAGAAGAAAGAAAUAAAAAAUAAAAAGGACAAAA